AUGGCCCAGAUUUACAAAGAUAUGAGGAUCGCAGCAGCUAAGGCUAUGGGACAUAAAGGCUCCAAGAAGCCGCUACCUGCCCCGAACGUCGGCGAUCCAGUCUUGAUUUAUCAUCCUACCAAGAAGAUGGCGUCUGGAUUUCGUCUUGCGCAUGUGAUGAACGUCGAGAAGAAUGGCCGACAAAUGCGAGUCAAACAUAUUGAUGGGAGUGAAGAUGUGCAUCAUCAUUACAACGUGGUUCCGAUCAAGAUUGAUCCAUCCUGGAGUGCUGGAGAUGUUGAGACCGAUCACGAGGCGCAGCAGGGGGGGCAUGAUAUGAAUACUGAAGAUUGA